AUGCCCUCUGCUACAAAUACAUUAUCUGUUGAACCAUUAGAUGCCCCAGUUGGUGCUAAAAUCACAUUACCAGAAGGUAUAACUGAUCCAUCAAAAUUAAAUGAAGAAGAUUUCAACAAGCUAAAUGAAGCAUUACAUAAAUAUUCUGUUAUUGUUAUUCCAAAUCAAGCUGAUUUACCACCACAUUCUCAAUGGGUUCUAACUUCAAGAUUUGAUCCAUCAACUCAAACAAAUGGACAAAAUUAUGGUCAUGGUAAAGAAUUUAGACAUGAUAAAUCCCUUUUAAGAAAAGAUGGGACUUCAAUUCCUGAUCAACCACAAGUUCAAGUUUUAGGUCAAGGGGAUUGGCCUGCUGGUCAUCAUGGUCUUGGUGAUAUUACAUUAACUCAUCCAACUCAUUUUAGUUUCCAUAAAGAUACAUUAACUGAAAAACAAGCCUUUGAAGAAAAUCAAACAAGAUUUUAUAGAUGGCAUAUUGAUUCUGCACUUUAUGAAUUAUCACCACCUGUUGCUACUACUUUAUUAGGUAUUCAUGUUCCUCCUCAUAGUGCUACACAAAAAAUUAUUUAUGAAGAUACCAAGGAAGAAUUAGAAUUAACUCAAGGUGCUACUGCAUUUGCUUCAGGUAAAUUAGCUUUUGAUUUACUUAGUGAUGAAGAUAAAGAAUUAGCUUUAAAUACUCAUGUUGUCUAUGCCCCACAUCCAUAUAUUUUCAUAAGUGAAGCUAAAGCCACAAGUGAUGGAUUAACAAUGCAUAGUGAAGGUAAAGAAUUAUCAUUAGAUGAAAUACCGGAAUGGGAAGAAUCAAAAAUUAAGAAAUUACCAUUAGUUUGGACAAAUCCAAUCACUGGUAAUCAUCAUUUACAAGCUCAUGCAUGUUGUGUUUGGAGAUUAGAAAGAUCAAAUGGUGAAAUAUUAGAAUUAGAAGAUGCAAGAAAUGAAUUAUAUAGAAUUAUGAGACCUGCUAUUUCUCCAAAAAAUGUUUAUGCUCAUAGUUGGGAAUCUGGUGAUUUAGUUAUAUUCCAUAAUAGAGGAGUUUGGCAUGCUGUUACUGGUCAAUUUAAACCUGGUGAAAGAAGAUUAAUGCAUCAAUGUAAUAUUGCAAGUGGUAUUGAUCCUGUUUGUGUUCAAUGA